GUUCAGCAAUUAUAGCCUAAUCCAAUCCAAAGUACAUCAAAUAUGACAUCUGCCAUGCUCUCAUUUCUCAUACUCUUAAUAUUUUACUUAUCCUAUGUUGUUGUUUCAGAAAUUCCAACUCCGUCUAAUGCGAAGUUCUAUGAAUGUAUUUGUCAGAAUUCUGAUUAUUGUGUCCCUUUCUCCACAGCUUUCGUCACCCCAACAAAUGCUUCUUUCACCACAAUCCUACAAUCCACAGCACAAAAUCUCAGAUGUUUACUUCCUUCUGUUCCCAAACCUCAGCUUAUUUUCACACCGAUGGCAGAAUCCCAUGUCCAAGCUGCUGUCAUUUGCUCGAAACAGCUUGGUCUUCAGCUUAGAGUUAGAAGUGGAGGCCAUGAUUAUGAAGGUCUCUCUUACAUUUCUGAUAUGGAUCCUCCUUUCAUCAUUCUUGAUCUCUCGAAGCUCCGAGAAAUCGUGGUGAACAUAGUGGACAACUAUGCUUGGGCUCAGGCAGGGGCAACUGUUGGUGAAGUGUACUAUCGGGUUUCAGAGAAAAGCAAGACUCAUGGUUUUCCAGCUGGUCUUUGUACAAGUUUGGGAAUCGGCGGUCACAUAACAGGUGGAGCUUAUGGUACUAUGAUGAGAAAAUACGGAUUAGGAGCUGAUAAUGUGGUUGAUGCUAGAAUUGUUGAUGCAAAUGGCAGGAUUCUUGAUAGGCAGAGUAUGGGGGAAGACUUGUUUUGGGCAAUUAGAGGAGGUGGAGGAGCUAGUUUUGGUAUUAUACUCUCUUGGAAGUUGAGGUUAGUCCCCGUUCCAUCAAUUGUAACAGUUUUUACUGUACCAAAAACGCUCGAACAAAAUGGGACAAAGAUUCUUUAUAAAUGGCAACAAGUUGCUAACAAGAUUGAUGACGAUCUCUUCAUUAGGGUCCUCAUAAGUAAUGUGGUUGAUAAAAAAGGUGAGAAGACUAUUCAGACUGCUUAUAAUUCAUUGUUCCUCGGUAGAGCUGACAGGCUUUUACAAAUAAUGAAGGAUAAUUUCCCUGAAUUGGGAUUGACACAAAAGGACUGUACAGAAAUGAGUUGGAUUAAGUCAGUUUUGUACAUUGCUGGUUACCCAAGUAACACCCCGCCAGAAGUACUUCUUCAAGGGAAGUCAUUGUUCAAGAAUUACUUCAAAGCCAAGUCGGAUUUUGUGAAAGAGCCAAUUCCAGAAGACGGUCUUGAAGGGCUAUGGAAAAGGCUCAUGGAAGAAGACUCACCGUUGGUGAUAUGGAAUCCAUAUGGCGGAAUGAUGGCUAAAAUCUCAGAAUCCGAAACCCCUUUUCCUCAUAGACAAGGGGUCAUUUACAUGAUCCAAUACUUGACACUUUGGAAUGAUCCUGCUACAGAAUCAGCCACGAAGCACUACGAUUGGAUCAGAAGACUUUAUAAUUAUAUGACCCCUUAUGCUUCUAUGUUCCCUAGAGAAGCUUAUGUGAAUUACAGAGAUCUUGAUAUAGGGAUGAACAAGAAUGGGAGUUCUAGUAGCUUUAUCGAUGCUAGUGCGUGGGGAAACAAGUAUUUCAAGGACAAUUUCAAUAGGCUAGUGAAGGUGAAAACUAAAGUGGAUCCAGAGAACUUCUUCUUGCAUGAACAAAGUAUCCCAACACUUCCUAUUACAAGAAAGGGAAUGGGGAAGAGUAUGAACCAGUGAAGAAGAGCUGCUAGAGCUAAUCCAUCUGAAAUAUAUAAUAUGAUGCAUUUUGUAAAGAAGUUGUUUACUGUUCAAAUGGUUUGUCACAUAACAUGUAGUGAUUUUGGAGUCUUGAUGGAAAGAAUCAAUUGCCUUAGGAUUCUUUCAUAUUAUUACUGACCUCGAUUGUAUGGGUGGUGUAAGAUUCUUGAAAUGAAUUGUUUUCUACAUAA